AUGGUCUCUACCAACCGUGAGCCCAUUGCCGUUGUAGGUAUUGGAUGUCGCCUUCCCGGGGGCGUCACCAGCUCAAAGGAAUUUUGGGAAGUGUUGCGUCAAGGAAAGGACCUGGUGUCCGAAGUUCCGAAUAAUCGAUUUGAUGCCAGUGCCUUGCACGAUGAUGAUCCGGGGAAAUACGGCACUAUCCGAAGCAUCAAAGGAGGGUUUAUUGACAAAAUUCAAUCAUUUGAUGCCGAAUUCUUCGGCAUUUUCCCGAACGAGGCAUCCAAGAUUGAUCCACAACAGCGCCUUCUUUUAGAAGCCAGCAUUCAUGCGCUGGAGGACUCUGGUACUACUUUGAAGGAGGUGGCUGGAUCACAGACAGGUGUCUUUGUUGGGAUGUUCGCAAAUGAUUACCUUUGUAUUCAAGCGGCAACAGAGCAACGAGACAUUGUUAGCCCCCACGUGGGAAUGGGCACUCAUGACUGCUCAGUCGCUAAUCGGGUCUCGCAUCGGUUGGAUUUACGUGGCCCGAGUAUUACUAUGAAUACCGCCUGCUCGAGUAGCCUAGUCGCGUUGCAUCUCGCCUGCCAAAGUUUAUGGGCGCAGGAGACCGAUGCUGCCCUCGUUGGUGGUGUCAAUGCCAUUCUUCGCCCUGAGUCUACUAUAUUGCUGUCCAAGGCGGGUUUCCUUUCUCCCGAUGGCACUUGUAAAUCGUUUGACGCGGCAGCCAAUGGUUAUGUCCGCAGCGAAGGAGUUGGGAUGGUAUAUUUGAAGCCUCUCAGUCGAGCGCUCCAAAACAAGGAUAGAAUCUAUGCCUUGGUCCGCAACUCACUUGUAAAUCAAGACGGAUAUACGGCAGAGGGAUUCACUGUCCCCAGCUUCGCAGCUCAGGCUGCAUUAUUGCUUUCGGUCUACAAAGAUUCCAGCACAGACCCAGCCAAGGUCCGUUAUGUCGAAGCCCACGGGCCAGGAACACCGGUCGGGGAUCCGAUCGAAGCAAGUGCUCUUGGAAAGCAGCUUGGACAAGCGCGAUCUAAGGAACAAGAUCCUCUUUGGAUUGGAUCAGUCAAGGGUAACUUUGGUCACCUCGAGGGAGCUGCUGGAAUUGCUGGCUUCAUCAAGGCUGCGCUCGUCACAUUUCACCGGGAAAUCCCCCCACAAGUCCAUUUCAAGAACCCCAAUCCAGCAAUUGAUUUCCAAUCCCUCCAGCUCGCAGUACCCACAGAGAUUAUACCGUUAGCCUCGGAUCGGCAACACAAGCUAUGCGUCGGUGUCAACUCCUUCGGGGCGGGUGGGACUAACGCGCAUGCUAUCCUCGAAGAAGGACCCGAUGAUACUCGUAGCUCAAAUCCCCUGCCCGAUCAUGAGCCGCGCGUUUACUUGCUUUCUUCAAGAUCUCGAUCUGCCAUGGAGCAGGCUGCCAGAGAACUUGCGUCUUACCUACGACUCCAACAGCCCGCUCUAGAUGACGUCGCAUAUACUCUCAACAUGCGACGGAGCAGCCACAACCAAAUAUCGAUCAUUCCAGCAGAAGGCCUUGAGGACCUUUGCUCUAGACUUGAGCAGCUAAGCUCUGGUCAGGGAACGAAGCAAGUCUUGCUGCUUCAGCGACGAUCGGGAAGUUCUACAAAAUCGGCAUUCGUAUUCUCCGGUCAAGGUGGCCAAUGGCUGGGUAUGGGCACUGCCCUUGCGCAGCAAGAGGUUGUGUUCCGUGAAUCAUUAGCUGCCUUUGAUGAAAUAUUCAUUGCCCUGGGAGGGUUUUCAAUCCGCACGGAAAUUUCGUCUUGCGAGGGCGAUCCAGAAAGGAUCAACGAAACUACACUUGUGCAGCCGGCUAUCGCAGCCAUCCAAAUCGCAUUAGCGAGAACGUUUAUGUCCUACGGACUGACGCCGGAUGCCAUCGUGGGUCACUCCAUUGGUGAAGUUGCUGCUGCCCAUAUCGCCGGUGCACUUAGUCUUGAGGAAGCCGUCAAAGUGAUUUAUUUUCGAUCACAGAUUCAGAGCAAGGCCGCAGGCACAGGAAGUAUGCUAGCAGUUGGAAUCUCAUGGAAGAUGGCAGAGCAACUUAUCCAGCGGCGUCACUUGGGAGGGAAUAUGGAGAUUGCAGCUCACAAUGGUCCUAAAAUGACCACACUCACUGGGAGUACGGUAGAACUCGAGCAACUCGCCAGUUUUCUCGAGGAUCAGGGGACCUUUGCACGAUUCGUCAAAGUGGACGUACCUUACCACAGCCGCUUCAUGGAUCCCCUUGAGAAUGAACUCGUUGCCGCUCUAUCGUCUGUUCAAGGGAAGCAGACCACUAUCAACCUGUACUCCACUGUCACCACGCGCAUCGAGCCCGGUACCCACUUAUCGGGUGAGUACUGGUUCCAGAACGUGCGUAGCCCAGUUAGAUUUCUUGAGACCGCGGAAAGAAUGUUAGAAGAUGGCUACGACUUGCUGGUCGAAAUCGGGCCACACCCUGUCUUGGUCUCUGGAACCCGUGAACUUGCUCAAUCUGCCAAGCGAUCGGUUAACAUCUUGCCAGCCAUGACUAGGGGUAAUGAAAUUGAGCCUUUCUCAUGUGUUAUCGGAGCGGCUCAUGCGACAGGUGUUCAUGCUGACAUUCAGUCCUUCAAUGGUGGCGGGGGCCAGUUUAUCGAUCUUCCAUUAUACCCUUUUCAACGCCAGCACUACUGGUACGAACACCCGGAAGCUCAGCAGCGUCGCCUUAAUCAAAACCAACAUCCGUUCCUUGGAAGCGUUGUCCGUCUGACCGACGAAAGCCGUGGCGGGGUGCGACUCAGACUGAGCACAGGCGUGUCUCCCUUUCUCGCCGAUCACAUUGUAGAUGGGGCAGUGGUGUUUCCAAUGACAGGACAUGUCGAGUGCGCAUACCUGGCAGCUCGGGAGCUCUUACCACACAUGAAGAUCUGGCUUGAAGACCUUAGAUUUGAGCACCCUGUGAUCUUAGCUUCCGCAGAAGACGUCGCUCCGCAAGUGUUGCUGGAAAUUACAUCUCCCGCGAAUGACUUUGUGAUAAGUUCGCGUUCCGCAGAUUCAACCCCGGAUGUUGCAUGGCGAGUUUGUUCUCGUGGACGUAUCAAUGCGCUCGAUGAGCGAUCGGGGGCUGUUCCAGAGGAACUAGAAAGUGUGAGGUCUCGCGUGCAGUCCGGGAUGGAAGUUGACUCUGAAACAUUUUACUCGAAACUGGAACAGUCAGGUCUUCGGUACGGGGAGGCAUUCAGAGGAGCUCAAAAGAUUUGGCGGCUAGGGGGCGAGAUUUUCUCAUAUACCAAGCUCCCAAGCUCUUUGCACGCUGAGGCGGCACGCUUCAGAUUCCACCCAGCACUUUUGGACACUUGCUUGCAUACGAUGUUUGUUGAUAAGGACCAUCAUGGUGAUUCGCGGUAUGUUAACCUGCCUUACCACGUUGGACAAGUGGAGAUAUUCGAAGCAGAAGAGCCUAUCACAUCAGCAUUUGUGCAUAUCAAGGUGACGCACCGUGAUGAUACCUUCCUCCGCUGCAAUACAUCUGUCUAUGCCGAAAAUGGUCAAAUCCUGGCCGUAGGAACCGAAAUCACAACAAAGCGCAUUCUGGGUCAACAUGUACCACGACUGCUGGAACACGAAGUAUGUUUUCAGCCUGAGACUCCGGACGGGUCGACCAGCAUAGAGAUUGAUUUCGAGAACGUGCUUGUUCUUGAACCGGAAAAGGGGGACUUUGACUGGCAAUCUACCAUCCAGAACGCAUUCCCCCACACUCAGUUCCAUCAGAGGUGUCUGGAGGAAAUUGACGUGGCGUGGAAUCCCACAGAAUGGGGAUUCCAGUGGGACCGUCGUUUGCUUGUCUUAAUUCCGGCCUUCAUGCCGUGGUCAUACUGCCGGAGGUUUCACAGAACCGUGGAAGUCGUGAUGAAAGCCCUUCUUCGCGUCGCUACAUGGCUUCAACAGAACCAAGGGCUACCUACGCUGGUGAUAGUAACCAAGGGGAGCUGCAUGACAUCAGCAGAUUCACAAUGCGAUCCAAUCUCCUUUGCUGUGCAGGGGGCCGUGCGAGUAAUGGCAAACGAGCUGCCCCGAGUACGUAUCCGCUGUGUGGAUCUUCCGCUCAACCAGCUUGACCAAAAUAUUCCAUUACUCGAAGAAGAGCUACGAACGAGUCACCUCGGUCAAUUCGAGAGCGUCGUGGCCAUACGACCUGAAGGUCGGUUCUUCAAACGAAUCGUGGCCGUAGACCCCGAAGAGGAAGAGAAACGGAUCAAAAGGCGUCUGCCUGCAAGAGGGGGAAAUUAUUUCUCUGAGCCCGGUGUCAGCGGAAGUCUAGACAAUAUAGUGUUACGACAGAAAUCCCAAGAACAGCUGGGACCGGAUGAUGUGGGCAUUGAAGUGCACGCGGCUGGACUAAACGUCAAGGAUAUAAUGAAUAUUUUCGGCCUGCUGAGUGAGCGAGCCAUUUCUAGGAGUCUCGCAGGUCAGAAUCUGGGACUCGAGAUCGCCGGGCGAGUUACGGCAGUUGGUGAAAAUGUGCAGGAUAUUGACAUUGGCACACCUGUCAUGGCUCGAGUGUCCCACGGCCUUGGAGGGUUUGCAACGGCGCACCGUAACCUCCUCGAGCCCAUCCCGUCCUCCAUGACAUAUUCUCAAGCUGCCUGCGUUCCACUCGCGUUCAUAACAGCAUAUUAUGCCCUGGCGUACCUUGGUAGAUUGGAGUCUGGAGAAAGGGUUCUCAUCCAUUCAGCAGCUGGUGGGGUUGGCAUCGCGGCAAUUCAAAUUGCUAAGCACCUAGGUGCCCGUGUUUAUGCUACAGCGGGAACCCCUAUCCACCGGGCUUGGGCUUUGGAGAUGGGGGUUGAAGCCGUUUUCGACUCACAUUCGACAUCAUUCCAUGAUCAGCUCAAGGCAACAACCGGGGGCCAAGGCAUGGAUGUGGUGCUCAAUUCUCUUUCCGGCGCUAUGUUUUUGCAAUCGGUCGCAUGUCUUGCUCCAUUUGGGCGCUUUUUGGAGAUAGGAAAGACAGACAUUUAUCGGAACAUGAGGCUCGGUCUCGAGCAAUUCGGUCAGAAUGGUUCGUUCUUUGCUAUUGACGUCGAUAGACUGGCUGCACAAAAGCCGGACUUACAUCGUCGCAUGCUCAGCGAAGUCUGUACGCUGUUUGAAAACGGCAAGUUAGUCCCACUGCCUAUCACGACAUACCCCAUCACGGAGAUCUCCACGGCCCUGAAGGCAGUUUCCCGGUCUACCGUUAUCGGAAACGUGGCUGUGGAAUUACCAGACAACACUGAGGUUGAAGUAGCGCCACCAAUUCAGCUAAAGCUCCGAGGCGAUCGAACGUAUCUCAUCACCGGUGGUGCAAGCGGGCUAGGCCUACACUUUUCCAGGCUCCUGCUAGAGCGAGGGGCACGUCAUCUCGUGCUUGUUAGCCGUUCAGGGCCAAAAUUUGAAGAGGAUCAUGCAAUCCUGUUAGAUCUGCGGCGUCGCGGGGCCAACGUGAGGGUUGAGAAAGCAGAUAUCAGUAGCCUCGAGGCGGCAACAUUGCUCUUCACCCAUCGAACUGACUGGCCCCCCAUCGCAGGGGUAAUUCACUGUGCAGGCAUCUUGGGGGAUUCGCAAGCCCAUGAGACAACGAUGGAUGAGUUCUGGAGAGUGUUCAAGCCCAAGGCCUUGGGGGCGUGGAACCUGCAUCUUGCUACCCACCACAUGAAUCUGGACUUCUUUGUUCUGAUAUCAUCCAUCGCAAGUAUUGUCGGGCUCUCGGGACAAUUCGGUUACGCUGCAGCAAACCAGUAUCUGGAUGGAUUAGCACAUUACCGUCGGGCAUCCGGCUUGCCAGGGCUUUCUCUGAAUCUUGGCUUAAUGGGACACUUUGCUGGGAUGUCUGAGAAAUCGGAGCGUAAUGCCAGGCUCCACGAAAUCCUGCAUUCUAUGGGCUUGUUGACCAUGAGUCUUCCAGCAGUUCUGUCCACUUUCGAGCGUAGCAUUCUCCACGGUACCACACAACGCAUGGCUGCUAAUAUUGAUUGGUCUAUGUUCCUCACAGCAUACCCUCAUCUCAUUCGUGAUGGUGCUUUCAUGGGGCUAAAGAAUCAACAAGCUGAGUUGGGCAGCUCCGGGUCCACAAGAUCAAUUGCCAAUUUAUCUGGCCCAGAGCGAGUUACCAUGAUCGCCGAUACAAUAUGCCUCGGGCUCGCCAAAAUCAUUGGCGUCGAGUCGAGCCGGGUUUCUCUCACGGAGAAGAUCAGCGAAUACGUAUUCGACUCCCUCACUCUCACACAGCUGCGCGGAGUGAUAUUGCGUGAAGUUCGGGUCACAUAUCCUCUCAUGAGACUUUUCGAAGGACCCAGUAUCCAGGAGAUUGCGGUGGAGCUUAACAGCUCAUUUCAAAAUGGGCACCUGGAAAGUCAGAAGACUGAUGCUGCAAACGACAUAUAUGAAGGAGGGACCUCUUCAGAACUGUCGACUUUGUCAAAAUGGUUCAUCGGCGGCAGCGCUGUCAACUCCUCCUGCCCUCGGCUGGUCUGUUUCCCCUCAAUGGGGGCUGGGGCCUCUCUUUUCGCCCCUUUCUUGAUGGAUCCGCCAAUUGGACUCAGCCCAGUGGCAGUACAGCUGCCAGGUCGAGAAAAUCGAUCAGAGGAAGCAAUUUUGACCACUAUGUCUGAGGUUGUUUCCGGCAUCCUUAGUGAGAUGGACAAGGUAGUGGGAGCGCCCUACAUCUUUUGGGGCCACUCUUUUGGGGGAAUCAUUGCAUUCGAAGUGAUUAGAGCUCUCCGAAGACAGGGAAAACCUCUUCCACGUCUUCUAAUAACCGGCACCAUCGCACCACAUCUCAUAAAAAUCUGGCAGAAGCGAGAUGUCUUGCUCCAGAGCUUCAACCAGGACUACAGCCCCGAGUACCUGAUGGCUAUCUCGCAAUAUGUAGAUAAUCCUGACUUUGUUCGCUCGAUUUUACCGAUGCUGGGGAACGACGCACCUCUAUUGCUGAACUACCGAUUCGCCGAAGAAGGUCCACUAGAUAUACCAAUCACCGCGUUUACCGCGCGUCAGGAUGAAAUGGUGUACCCAGACGAAACGGAGAUCAUUGGUUCUUGCACCGGAACCGGGACGUAUUGA